AUGAUGUAAAAUCAGUGUAAAAUAAAAACAUUAGAAUUAUAGAUAAUAUUAUUUAAGUUAUGAAUUGUUAAAUAACUGUGUUAUAUUCUUUAACGCCUUCAUAGAGGCCUGAUACAAUUAAAGUACUGUAAAGAAAAGUUGCGGUUUUGCAAAAUGAAUUCAACCGAACAGCAUAGAAAAGAAAUAGCCAGAGCCUUGAUUCUAUGUACUAAUGCGUAUCUAGAAAUGGACAUGGACUCCAGUGAUGACGACAUGGAUGUUCUUAUACAUGAAUAUGGUAUUAGUAGUAAUGAUAGUCAAUCAAAGGAUAUAGAUAGAACUAUGGUUACUGCCUUGUCUAUACCAAAGUGGAGUGGAGAUGAAUACAGGAUGUUUAUUAAGAUGUCAGCCGAAACUUUGGAGUUUGUGUACCAGCUACUGGCGCCGGGGUUACGCCGCCAGUGCUAUGGCAUGCCAAUGGUCGACGCGCGUCUGCAGAUCAUGGUCGCCAUACACAAGUUGACCUCGUCUAACACUUACAGAGACGCGAGCGCCACCUUCGACAUGAACAAGUCUACCGGCUACAACUGCACCAACCGAGUGAUCAAUUUGCUCCAUAGCCUCGCACCGGGCUUUAUACAGUGGCCUUCCAUAGCCCAAGCCAAAGCCAUCGCCAAGGAUUUUGAGGCUGUUGCUGGCUUUCCAGGGAUUGUGGGAAAUGUAGGCUGCUGCAGGCUCAGGAAGCUGGAUUGUCUGGAUAGGGAAGCCAAGGAUGACGUGAUACUUCAAGUUAUAUGUGACACGAAAAAGAGAAUAAUCCAUUGCAACAUCGCACCAACCGGCACCGACUAUCAAUCCGUACUCACACAAUACCUCAACGACCAAAAACUCCCAAAACACACCCAUUCGAUAGCUAAUAACACUUACUCACUACAAGAAAACCUCAUGGUGUCUUAUCAAGAAAAUAAUCAUAAGAUAUUUAACGAGAAAAUUCGUUCGUCUUUUGUCAUACCUUACUGUUUAGGUUCUUUAUUAGGGCGAUUCGAAUCGUUGAAUCGUGGGUUAACUUUGAAUGAGAAAUCGAAUCAACGGCAUAUAAAUGCGUGCUGUGUGUUACAUAAUAUAUGCAUAUUAAAGGGUGAUAUUUGGAGUGCGAAUGGGGUAGCUUGGGAAAUGAAAGAGACGUCAGGCGCUUGUCCGAAAGGUGUGAGGAAGAGAGAUGAUAUUGCUUCUCAACUUUCUAUGGGCUGAUACCUAUAAUGGAUUCAGAUUAGAUUGUCAAGAAAAUCAGGAGACCAUCGUGCCCCUCCAUCGUAACGGGUUUAAUGUAAGUACUUAUUAAAAAUCACGACUGGCUUUCUUUCGGCCACGCCGCGUCGCAGUCGCUUAAAUAUUCAUCUUUUUUAAACCGAUUUCAAAAUGGAGGUUCCCAUUUGGAUGGAAUCUUUUUUUUCUGUUUUAUGUGUGUUCCCCGAUUUUCAAACGUUGAAUGCAUUUUUUUUAAUUUCAAAGUUUCAUUGUCGUUUGAUGAUGGGAUCCUAGAGAAAUUGAAGCAACUGUUCAAUUUAAUGUUGUUUUUUUAAACCGAUUUCAAAAUGUAGGUUCUAAAAUUUGGAUGGAAUCUUUUUGUUUAUUUCUGUUUUAUGUGUGUUCCCAGAUUUUCAAACGUAGAAUGCAAUUUUUUUUUUUUAAGUUUCAUUGUCGUUGAGUCAGGGUCUGAUGAUGCGAUCCUAGAGAAAUUGAGGCAACUGUUCAAUUUAAUGUCGGCGCACUUAAUUGGUUUGACAAUAAAUAUGAUGUAAUAUGUACAUUUUGUACACUCAUAAAAAAUACAAUAAAAACCUGCUUUAAAUAAUUAAA